CGGCGCCAGGCGGCCGCGGAGCCAUGGACGGCAGCGGGCCCUUCAGCUGCCCCAUCUGCCUCGAGCCGCUUCGGGAGCCGGUGACGCUGCCCUGCGGCCACAACUUCUGCCUCGCCUGCCUGGGCGCUCUCUGGCCGCACCGCAGCGCAGGAGGCACGGGCGGUUCUGGAGGCGCAGCCCGCUGCCCUCUGUGCCAGGAACCUUUCCCCGACGGCCUGCAGCUCCGCAAGAACCACACACUGUCCGAGCUGCUGCAGCUACGCCAGGGCUCGGGCCCCGCCAUGCCCUCCCCGGCCCCAGCCCCUGCACGGCGCCCGACGCCGGAGCCCUCAGCGCCCAGCGCUCAGCCAAGCGCUCCGGAACCGUCUGCUCCGUGCGAACCCGAGCCCUGGCCCGCCGGGGAAGAGCCCGUGCGCUGUGACGCGUGCCCCGAGGGUGCGGCCCUGCCUGCGGCGCUCUCCUGCCUCUCCUGCCUUGCCUCCUUCUGCCCCGCGCACCUGGGCCCGCACGAGCGCAGCCCCGCACUGCGCGGGCACCGCCUGGUGCCACCGCUGCGCCGGCUGGAGGAGAGCCUGUGUCCGCGCCACCUGCGGCCGCUGGAGCGCUACUGCCGCGUCGAGCGCGUGUGCCUGUGCGAGGCCUGCGCCGCCCAGGAGCACCGCGGCCACGAGCUCGUGACGCUGGAGCAAGAGCGCGCGCUCCAGGAGGCUGAGCAGCCCAAAGUCCUGAGUGCUGUGGAGGACCGAAUGGAUGAGCUGGGUGCAUGCAUUGCCCAGUCCCGGCGCACGGUGGCCCUCAUCAAGAGCGCCGCUGUAGCAGAGCGGGAGAGGGUGAGCCAGCUAUUUGCCAAGGCUGCUGCCACCCUGCAGGGCUUCCAGACAGAGGUGCUAGGCUUCAUCGAGGAGGGGGAGGCUGCCAUGCUGGGCCGCUCCCAGGGCGACCUUCGGCGACAGGAGGAACAACGCAGCCGCCUAAGCCGGGCCCGCCACAACCUCGGUCAGGUCCCUGAAGCAGACUCAGUCAGCUUCCUGCAGGAGCUCCUGGCACUACGGCUGGCCCUGGAAGAGGGGUGCGGCCCUGGACCUGGUCCCCCCAGGGAGCUCAGCUUCACCAAGUCCUCCCAAGCUGUCCGGGCAGUGAGAGAUGUGCUGGCCUCGGCCUGUGCCAGCCAGUGGGAGCAGCUGCGGGGUCUGGGCAGCGAUGACGGGCUACAGAAGCUGGGCUCAGAAGCUGACAGCGAGUCCCAAGACCCCGAUAGCACGAACCACCUGGAGAGUGACAUUCCCAGGGACUAUUUCCUCAAGUUCGCCUACAUCGUGGACUUGGAUAGCGACACGGCAGAUAAGUUCCUGCAACUGUUUGGAACCAAAGGAGUCAAGAGAGUGCUGUGUCCCAUCAAUUACCCUGAGUCGCCCACCCGCUUCACCCACUGCGAACAGGUGCUGGGGGAAGGCGCCCUGGACCGUGGCACCUACUACUGGGAGGUAGAGAUCAUUGAGGGCUGGGUUAGCGUGGGGGUCAUGGCCGAAGGCUUCUCCCCACAAGAGCCCUAUGACCGGGGCCGGCUGGGCCGCAACGCAUACUCCUGCUGCCUGCAGUGGAAUGGACGCAACUUCUCUGUCUGGUUCCAYGGGCUGGAGGCGGCUCUCCCCCAGCCCUUCUCACCCACGGUCGGAAUCUGCCUGGAGUACGCUGACCGGGCCUUGACUUUCUAUGCUGUUCGCGAUGGCAAGAUGAGCCUUUUGAGGAGGCUGAAGGCCUCCCGGCCACGCCGGAGUGGUGUUCCGGCCUCUCCUGCCGACCCCUUCCAGAGCCGCCUGGACAGCCACUUUGCAGGGCUCUUCACUCACAGGCUCAAGCCGGCCUUCUUCCUGGAGAGUGUGGAUGCCCAUCUGCAGAUCGGGCCCCUCAAGAAGUCCUGCAUAUCCGUGCUAAAGCGGAGGUGACGUGGGCCUUCCACUUUCUAUAGGAGGACCCCUAGCCUUGUUUCUGGAAGAGAAAGCUUCAGCUGGGAUGGAUCCAGUCUGCCCCAACCCCUCCUUUUCCAGGUUUUUAGACCAGUGCCAGACACACAGUAGGUGCUSAAUAAACUAAACGUUUGCUGAA